CGAGGCAGUCUCGUGUUGUUGUGCUAACCCACUUGGGGCUGUUGCUACAGAUUUAUGUCGCUCGCUAGUCGCCGUUUCAGUUGCGAUUGCGCCACUCUUUGCUGGCUUUGGUAGCCUAUAUGUGUAAUUUCUGGCGGUAUUGAAUAGUGGGCAUGGCAUUGUGUUGUUGGUUAGCGUAAACCAUAUUGUUGCUACAUCAUUCAGACUUAAACCCAACAAUAAUGCCUCUCGCGGGAGCUCACGCAUGUAUUCAUCUUGCUUUCCAUCUAGUGGAGGCUCAUGCCAUAGAACUGUAGUUGCGGGCAGCGUAAGUGAAGAGCAAACAUUGGGAUCAGUCACACGCCCGUCUCCAAAGUCUCUCACAUUUCAGCUAAAGCUACCAUGUUCGACGGUGAAUUUGGCUGAUUUUCUAAAAGGCUUGCCUGUCUACAACAAGAGCAACUUCAGCAGAUUCCACGCAGACUCUGUGUGCAAAGCCUCGAACAGAAGGCCAUCGGUUUAUCUUCCCACCCGCGAGUACCCUUCUGAGCAGAUCAUCGUCACGGAGAAGACCAAUAUUCUGCUGCGCUAUCUUCACCAGCAGUGGAACAAGAAGAACGCAGCGAAGAAGCGGGAACAGGAGCAGGGGGAGGGGGAGAGCCCGGCCCCCCCUCGCAAAGUGGCCCGGAGAGACAGCCAGGAGAUGACCGAGGACCCCUAAACCUGAUCCGUGUCUGCGCUACAUACAUGUACAUACCUGCACACGGAUGUGGAAUACUGGACUGGGUGUGGCCUGCCCUCAUGUUGGGAAAGACUUGGACACCCUCUUUAAUGUUAGAAAAGUACAUUUCCCAUAAUACACUUUGAAAAGAGCUUCCAGCUGAGCUCUCUUCAUCUGCAUUUCCCUUCAUGACCAGAGGGGGCAGUGUGCUCACUGUUAGCAGGGGAGAGGAACCUGUGGUCUAUGUUCAGUGUGUGCAUUAGAAGAUUCUGGAGCGCCUGUGCUGUGCUAUGCUAGCUUUAUCCAGUUAAUAUUUUAGUUAGACUGUGUUUCUUGGCUUAGCUUGAAUGUUUGUAGCAGUCUGUCAGAGUGGCUCAAACUGGGUAAAAGAAAGCAAGCUACCUUAUUGCCAGAUUUGCAAUGAAAUGGCCUGUGUUUUUUGCGUUCUUUGGAUUCCUUGCACUGGAGUGUGCAGUCUCUGGAUGUGAUUUUAUUUUUAGGGGGUGCUUCCUCUUGUCCCGAAGGGGUACUGCCCCAUAUUACUCAGUACUGCGCUGGGUUACUCGGUAGUACUUGGUAGCGUGCUGGGUCGCCAAUGGUGUCCUGGGUUACGUGAACUCCAUACAGUGUCUACCACAUGACCUUACUGGCGUGCAUGUGCGUGCGUGUGCAGGAGUGUGUGUGCAGGAGUGCAUGUGUGUGUGUGGUAUAGGACUGAAAUGGCCAAAGAGGGCGCUGUGUUGCUGCUUUAGUCGGGGGUUGGGGUGGUGGGCGAGGAGGAGGGGCAUGGCAGUUGUGUACUAGUGCACCAUGCCAGGGGGAGGAGUCAGUGGAACCUGUGCCAAUCAGAAGCCUUCAGUUACUCAUUGAUGCGGAGUCCCCCAGCCCAGUCAGAUGAGUCAUGGCCCCGCCUGCUCAGUAACAGCCCCGCCCAGUUUAUCAGACACACCCACUUUUGCCAUUUCAUCCUUUCUUUUAUUGCUUCUAGUGUUGAUAUUUGUUGUAUCAAAGCACAUUUUCACUGUUUCAGAAUGGCUUAAGGAAUAGCGAUUCAGUGUAAUAAAGGCACAGUCCCUUUUUUUCA